AUGCAAUCCCGCUCGGCUCUCGUCUCUCGAUUCCUUCGACCAGCGUCGUCAAGAUUCUUCUCCUCUUCCUCCCCGAUCACUCCCGUCUCAUCAACUCAAUCCCCCAGGACCCUCGAGGCUCUCCGAGCUCGUCUAGCGAAUGAGUCGCCUUCCCUCACCGAUUUCAUCCACGGAGACACCUACUCGGUUGAGGUAGGCACCAAGAAGAAGCCCCUCCCCAAGCCCAAAUGGAUGAAGGAGUCUAUCCCCGGCGGGGAGAGGUACGUCCAGAUCAAGAAGAAGCUGAGAGACCUUAACCUUCAUACCGUAUGCGAGGAGGCCAAGUGUCCCAACCUCGGCGAGUGCUGGUCUGGCGGCGAAACUGGAACCGCCACCGCAACGAUUAUGAUCCUCGGGGACACGUGUACACGUGGCUGCAGGUUUUGUAAUGUGAAGACAUCGCGUACACCUCCACCACCUGACCCUAAUGAACCCAACAAUGUGGCGGAAGCUAUAGCAUCCUGGGGUGUAGAUUACGUCGUCAUCACCAGUGUAGAUCGUGAUGAUCUGCCUGAUCAGGGGAGUGGCCAUUUUGCACAAACUGUACAGAGGUUGAAAGAAUUGAAGCCGGAAAUGCUGAUUGAAGCUCUUGUUCCUGAUUUCCGUGGAGAUAGUGGAUGUGUUGAAAAGGUAGCCAAGUCAGGGCUUGACGUCCUUGCCCACAACAUUGAGACAGUGGAAGAGCUUCAGAGCUUUGUGAGGGAUCACCGUGCUAACUUUAAGCAGUCGAUGGAUGUGCUUAGGAUGGCUAAGGAGUAUGCGCCUGCUGGUACCUUAACGAAGACAUCUGUGAUGCUGGGAUGUGGAGAGACCCCUGAUCAAGUGGUCAAGACGAUGGAGAAAGUGAGAGCAGCAGGAGUUGAUGUCAUGACAUUUGGCCAGUAUAUGAGACCUUCUAAGCGUCACAUGCCAGUUGCUGAGUACGUGACACCAGAGGCGUUUGAGAGGUAUCGGCUUCUCGGCAUGGAAAUGGGAUUCAGGUACGUGGCAUCAGGGCCAAUGGUGAGGUCGUCGUACAAAGCAGGAGAGUACUACAUAAAGUCUAUGAUAGAGGCUGAUCGAGUUGCUCCUUCUUCUUCUUCCUCCCCAUAGAUUACUCAUUCCAAGAUUUACGCUUUGUGAAUUCUUUCACUUUAUUGCUUUGUUUAUUCUGCAAUUGUUCUGAAUAAUGAUAGAGAUACUAUCAUAUUGUCCAAUAUACAUUUGUGUGUUCUCUUUCUCUCCCUCUCACUAUCUCUAAUAUAUACGACUCUGCUCGAUCUACUACCUUAUUCGAGCUCCAUUUGUUGAACUUAACAGUAGCAGUGGUGAUAUAAUAAUCACCUUCUUUAAUGGUAUAGAUUGUAG